GCAGGAGUUGGAUCAUCCCUGGACUUCGCGACAGCGGAUGCUGAAGCGCUGCCGGCGUGUCUCGCUGGAAGAACUGCAGGACAACUACGAUGCAGACCGAAUGCAGCAUCCACGGGUGGAGAUCAGCAGAGAUCUGGCGAGCCCCGCGUUGUCAGAAGACGACCUUUUCCCCUCCGUCAGCACGGCACUGGUCGGUUUCGCCAGGUUCCUUUUGAACCUCGUGGGCAUUCUUGAUUUUCAAGAAGGCUUGCCAUGGCAAGUCCUAUCUGGCUUCAGCAUCCUUGUCCCGAGCUUCGUGUCAGCGGGGACCGUGGCCUUGAACAUCAUGGCUGGUGAUGACUUUCGAUUGAACACGAGUAUCUUGUGCUACGUGGUGGGAGGGCUGUUGGCAACCCUCAGCUUACGACGUGCUGGGAUCACCGCGCUUCUGGGCCCUGUGGAGAGACGCUUCGACGAGUAUGCGGAAGAGAUGGGCUUCCUGCAGGAUUGGCGGAAGGUCUCUCUUCGGCGGUUUUGUGAGGUGACUGCAAUGUACGUCUUCAUGGUGUCCUGCCGGGUGCUGGCAAGCGUCAUCACCAAAGAUGUGACCUACGGUAGCGCGGUGGGCGGAGGGUUAGCAACUGCCUUUCCGGGCUUCACCUUUUCCCUCAUCGCUCUGACACUCUCGCUGAUCUGCUACUGCCAGCUUCACGUGUGCUGUGGGCUGGAGCUGGCCAUAGACAGUUUCGGCCUUCGUUUGUUCCGGGACAUGAACAUGGAAAAGGCUUUGGAAGAGUGGAACUUGGUGCAGGCGACUCUGCGGCAGGUAUCUGGCAAAAUCAGCGGCUCCCUCUUCAUUCUUGGAGCGACAUGCUUUGCGACGCUGAUGUUCCUGGCGGAGCAGCUGCUGAACAACGCAGAUCUGCUGCGGAACUUGUCAACGAAUCUGGUCGACACCUGCUUGUGGUUGGGAUGGCUUUACCCGCCCAUACUGCUCUUCGUAUACUCGAUGUUUCGCGCUGCUGCUGUUAGCGAGAAGGCCAGCCGCGUGGCUCCUCUUGUCAAUUCCUGGAAGUUUGAUCCGGAAGAUCUCGGAGAUGCUCAGUGGAUGGAUGCGGACCGGCAAUAUGUCGUUCAGUACAUCAUCCAGAGCGAAGCCGGCUUCUACAUGAAAGGAGUUCGGCUGACAGCUGGAUCUGUUCAAAAGAUGAGCCACUGA